AUGCCGCAUCUUGUCGUGCAGCCUGCAAGGAUGCUUGUAAAACACUCCAAGCUUAUUAAACAUUCCCAACAGAUCUCUUCUCCCGGAUCUUCCCCGCCCCACACCAGUGAGCCCCAGCACGCGCAAGGGAAACAAAGAAGCAAUUCUGAAGCACAAAGGAGCUGCCGGGCUCUCCCAAAAAACAGCUCUUGGUUUGAUGGGGAAAAAAGCACUGGACUGGCAGAUCGCAGAACCAGGUUCCAGUUCCUCAUCAGUGUCACCCAAAAGCAACGUGUGAGCACGUCGCAGCCUCCGUCCCCUCGUCUGCAGGGUGGACUGGGCCAUCUUCGGGAUUCCUUCCAGUUCAGAGAACUGCAGGACUUAGGCACCAAGGAACCAAGGGCUCAUUCUGCUAAGGGCUUCACUGUCACCUGCGGCUUCUGCUCCUUCACAGGAGUGGGGAUUAGCUGCCAUUUAGACGCAGGAAUGCAGCGCUUUGAUUAUUUUGGUGUCUGUUUUCACUGCAUUGAAGCUGAGCCCUGCCGCCAGCCUAGAGACCUGACUGGACCUCUCCCCUCACUUGAGACCCUGGCUGAACCCAGAGGGACGCUGGGCAAGAGGGCCGUCCCUGCUCCUUCACUCCCAGGUGAAAUAGAAGUCACCUGCCUUCCUUGGGGUGGCCCGGCGGCGGGGAGAAUGAAGACGUGUUCCCAGGGCUGGCAGGAAAACAAUGGUUGGAAACAAAACAAAAUCCACACGGAUCUGAACUGCUUCGAGCAGUCCAUCGGUGAUGCUGCUGACUUACAGGAAAAGCCCUUUGUAGACCCAUCUCCAAGGUCAAGUGGUUGCCAUGGCACCCAGCUUUGUGCCAGGGGCAUAAAGACCAAAUGGAGAGUUCACCUCACACCUUCGUUCUCCAUCCCCGCAUUAUGCACUACGGAGACCCACAAAGCUUCUCGAAUCCACGAAAUAGAACUAUAUGGCUUCAAGUUGUUCCACGUUGGCCCGGCCAGAAAAGCUGCUUCUGUGUCCUACAGACUGUUCAUUUAAUAAUCUAUCUUUUCCCUUCUGCUUGGAAGCAAGCUUUGAGAGGAGCUGCCACAGUUCCAAAGCAGCAUCCACGUGGGGGCCUAGAACUUGAGGAGCAGCACACGUGGCAGCCACGGGCAUGGCUCUGGACAGGAAGCACCUUCCCCCACCGAGUGUCUGGUGAUUAGCGCUCCACUUCUGAAGGAGCAGCAUCUCUGGGGUGCCCCACGCCCUCCUCUCUGCGGCUUUACACCAGCAACCUAAGGUGGCUCCAGGUACUAUUUGGCAGCUACGAAUUAAAAUCUUAAUGAAAACAUCACUUCAAAAAUGAACACAGUGCCUCCCUCCUCAAACUAUUCCAAAAAAUUCUACAGGAGGGAAGACGUUCAAGCUCUUUUUACAAAGUCAGCAUUAUCCUAACUCCAAAACCCAUUAAAGACACUCCAAAGAAAGAAAAUUAUAGGCCACUAUCCCUGAUGAACAUAGAUGCUAAA